UUUACAAUUUAUUUCUUCUAUAUUUUUAUUAACUAAUAAUCUGCUAAAAUGUGUGCUGAGUACAAGAAAAUGCUCUUGCCGUCUAAAGUAAGCAAUGAAGACAUAAGUGCCAACAAAAUGAUAAGUGCAUUAUCUUCGAUAGCUCUUGAAAUGCAAAAAUUUCACAAAAGUGCACCAAUCUCAUGCCAUAACUUCGGAGAAAAUCAAGAAAUAUGUGAUAAAUUAAAUUUGUGCAAAUCCAACCUUAGACUUAAGAAAAAGCAGAUCAAAUUACUGAAAGAAAACCUUAGAAAAGCUUGUAUUGUAGCUAAAACGGUUAUGUCUGCAAAAGAAAACGAAACCAUGUCGUUACACAACCAUAUCAAUAGUGCUCGUAGUGAGUAUGCCGAUUUAUCUCAGAAAAAUAAAACUAACGUGGAGACCAUACGAAAUUUACUGGCAGAGAAUAAGGCUUUAAAGGAGAAAAUGGAGCAUUUGGAAAACUUUAUUGAACUUGGUUACCAAGAAUUGCAAAAGAUACAGGACAUCCCUGCUAAGGAUAUGCCAGUCGUCAUGCAGCUAAAGGAAAUUAUGCUUUCUUGUGGACAAUAUUAUGCAGAUUAUUCAAAUGAACAUGAUACUCGUACGCAACUUGAACAGAAAAAUCGCUUUUUAAACAACAAACUCAAUAUAAUCAGCAACAAUUUACAAGCGGUGAUAGAAGAAUUGAAAAAUCUGCGUUACCAAAAUGUUAAGCUGCAAAAAGAAAACUCAUUGCUAAAAAACAAAUACUUCAAGCAAAUUGAUAGCUAUGCUGGCAUAGUGGUCCCAUCAAGACACACUUUUCGCGAAGAAAAUACCUUACAUAUCCAAAAUAUAAAUUACAAUACAUCUGUGCAAAGCGUUGAAAACGAUCACAGCUUCGAUUUAACCUCUCAUCUUUCAUUAGUUAAAAGUUUAUUAAAUAAUCAAGAUAGCAUGUUAAAAGAUUUGAGAAAGCUUUCUGAAAAGUUAAGCAUUAAUUCUAAUUUUGGUGAAACUACGAUUUUGGACUAA